CCCAGGUGGCAGCGGAGGCGCACAUGGAGCACAGUGAGUCGCGGGAGGCGGGUCUCUGCGCGGCAGUGGCGUGCUUGCAGGCACAGCGGCUUUAUAUCGGCGUCAAGAGGAAGCUUCUGUGGGGAGGAGACUCGUCCGUGGUUCAUUUCUGCGAGGCGCAUCUGCCAGAGGGCUGCCACCUCGUGCUCACACAGGCCGGCAGGCGAGUCAAGGAGCUUAUAGCGGGUACAGGCCACUCCAGCAGCCACGGCAGUGCUAGCUUUGGCAGUGGUGGUGGAAGUGGUGCGGGAGUUGCUGCUGCUGGUGGGCGUCGAAGAUCGGAUGAAUACCUUGACAAACGGCAGCAGCAGCAGCAGAAGCAGCAGCAGCUGUUGGAAGCACAUUCGCCAGAGGAGGAGGAGGACGAGUCGGAGAUGGAGCUGAAGCGCAGCAUCAGCGUGGGCAACGAGCUCAGGAACCGCAGGAUGCGACCCACCAUGCACAGCAGCAGCAGCAUUGGUGGCGGCGGGGGCAGCGGCAGUGCAGAAAGAAGUGGGGGAAGAGCAGGGGGAGGGGGGGGAGGGGGGGGGAGUGGUGGUGCGAUGGGUGUCACUCGGCACAUGAGGAGCAGGAGCAUCGGAGGUAUGUUUCCCCUCAGCGGCAGCAGCAGCACGGGCAGCCCUGGGAACAGCAGCAGCGGCGGGGGUGGUGCUGCUGGUGCUGGUAGCGGUGGUGGCAGCGGGUACGGUGGUGGUGGUGGCGGUAGUAUGGGUCGUGUUUUUCGGCGCAUGUCACGCAAGCACAGCAGCAGCUUUUCCGAAUCAGAAGAUGAAACCCUACCCGACCAACCCUGCCCUGUCCGAACCAGCAGCGGAGGCUCGGACCACCGCCGACUUCCCUACCACCUCAACCUCCUAGGUCCAGGAAGGCGUGUAGCUUCGGUCGCAGGCUCGGCGUCCGGACCAGCCGAAGACUCCGACGACCCGAACCACACCAGAGGCUCCAAACCUCCUCCCAGACCUCCCCGAGGCUCGGGACGAGGCUCGGAAAUGGAGGAAGCGGAGUAUGAAGGGGAGCAUGGGGAGGAUGGGGAGUUGCCCUCUCCCGGGCUUGUCAUGCGCUCCCGAACCACCCCUUGCCGAAGAUCCUCGGGGGCGGGAGGCGAGCUGGAAGGAGCGGCAGCAGCAGGCGGAACUUGGAGUGCUGCUGCUGGCAGCGGUGGAAGCCAUGGCAUGGGCGGCCCUCCUCCCGCCUCGCCUACCCUCUGCUCUUCCUCCUCCUUGUCCGCACCCAGACGAUCUAUCUCUCGCACACUCAGCAGGGAGCGCAGGCAGCAGGCAGCAGCAGUGGCAGGAGCAGGAGCAGCGGUAACCGGCACUGGAGGGUUUCAGCUCACCGCUGCUGCCGCCGCUGUUUCAGGGCUUGCUGCCCCUCCUCCCCCUCCCUCCUCCCUCCCCUUCCACUUCUCAAGUCUCAUAAUCCCCCCGCACCCCUCCUCCGGGUCCGGUGUUCUUAUAACGGAAGAUGCUUAUAAUGAUGGUGAUAGCGAUAGUAGUGAGCCGAGGCCGGGGACGCCCAGGGGAGAGACGGAGAAAGAGGCUCGGCAGCUCGGGUCGUCUAGGCUCGGCCCGAACCUGCCGGGCGGUUUUGGUCCGAGCCAGGGGAUGGAGGCUCGUCAGGGGGGAAGGGGCAGGCACAGCAGGCACAUGUCGUGGGCUGGCCCGGAUGUCAUGGGGGGAGGAGGUGGGGGUGGAGGUGGGAGGUUUAGACUGUCGCCUGGGGAAGCGGCUGGUCGUGAGGGCGGUAUUCCUAGGCAAGGGAACAGUGCUUUUGGUGCUGGUGGUGAUUCCAAGUCCCCCAGAAGCCUCAUACCCCCAGGCCUACCGUCUCCUGCUUCUGCUGCUCCUGCUGUGGCUCACCACCCUUCCUUCUCCUCCUCAUCUCGUCCCAAUAUAGCCGAGCAGGUAGUGGCACUGGCAGGGCAGUGGGAAAUGUUUUCAAACAGGGCGGGAGAACAGGGAGGAGAGGGGGCAGCAGGGGGAAUGGCAGGAGCAGGUAAUUCUGGGGCAGGUGGAGCUGCCAGGCUGGCUCAGGCUCCCCGCCGCACUGUGCCAAAACAUUUCCGGGCAGGUAGCUGGGACCCGGGCAGGUUGAGCUUGAGUGAUGAAGACUCGUUUCCGGAGAAUGUGCGAGGAGGGGGAGGAAUGGCAGGGGCAGGGAAAGGGGCAGCAGGAAAAAGGGGAGGGGGAGGAGGGGGAGGUAGCAGGACCCCCCCCUUGCCACCGGAAGGUUCAGCAGCGGGAGGGAAAGGUGGAGGAAGCUUCCGUAAGGGCAUGCUGCGAAGGAAGGGGAGUGGGGAGGGGAUUGGCGGGUGGAUUGGAGGAGGGGGCGGAGGAGGGGGAGUGGGAGGAGGAGAGGGGGGAGGGAGAGGAGGAGGUUAUGGGAGAGGGACGGAUGAUGGUGCUGAUGCGGAUGCUUAUGUGGAUGACGUGGGCAGCAUGGGAGGGACGGCUCCCUUGCGCCGUGCUCUCUCCUCUUCCUCCCCGGGCCUGAGUACGAGCCUGCUGGGCCUGCCAGGUUCGGCGUUCGAACGAAUCAGCGGCACCGAGGCUCGGCACAGGCUGCCCAAGAUGCCCUCCAGCAACGGCAGGCUCGGCGAGGAGGCUCGGCCGGGCCUGCUGGAGAGGGGGGAGGAAGGUGGAGGAGGGGGAGCAGUGGGAGGACAGGGCGGAGUGGGAGGCGGGGGAGGAGGGGAAGCGGGAGAGGGGAGCAUGAGCGGUGGCAGCAGCAGCGGCAGUGGGCUGGACAUGGACAUGCUGCUGGGGGAGCUGCAGCAGCUGAGGCAAGAGGCCCUCGCGAAACAGGCAGCGGCCCAAGCUCAGUUCUGCAAGGACGGGGAGUCCAGCAACCCCCUCUCCACCAGUUCAGACCUCUACCCUGGCGGCAGCUGCGCCCCUAAUUCCGGCCACAGCCACAGCCACAGCCGCAGUAACAGUCACGGCAACAGCAAGAAUACCAGUGAGACCAUCAGCCGCAACGCCACAGGCUUGGGCAGCCGUCCUCUCUCGUCGGGCAGCCAAAACAACGCAAGCAGCGGCAGCGGCGACGACGCAGGCAGCAACAUGCUUCGCAGCGCGCUGGCAGCAGAAGGAGAUCUGACCGACCUCAGCGACUUCACUCACCUCCAUGGGCGCCCUGGCCCCAUGGGUCAUGCUGUGGUCAAUUCCAGUAGGAAGAAUGGGAGUGGGAGUGGAGGGCGAGGGUACGAGGAGGUGUGGGAUGAUGAAGACGGGGGCAGUGAGGAGCAGGAGGAGGAGGGGAAGAGGAGGGGGGAGGGAGAAGGGGGCGGGGAUUUGUACCCGGGCGUGGGAGGAGGAGGAGGAGGAGUGCACGGCGAUGGUGGGAGUUCCAAUGCUACCCCGCCUGCCGUCAGCAAUGAGCCUGUUGCAGGCAAUGAUGACGAUGAUGCUGUCAGCUCCUCCUCCACCUCCUCUUUCGACUCUACGGAGUUCGUCCGCAAGGUCACUGAGAGGGCCCGGCUGGCUGCCUCUGCUUCUGCCAACGCUGCCACUGCUGCUGCUGCUACCGCUGCCGCUGCGUGCAACGCAGUAGACGGGAACCACACUCCCACAGACCUCUCCCCCAACAUCACUUCUUCCUCCUCCAUCCAUCCCCCCCCCAGCCACCACUCCUCCCUCCACGCCCUCUCACUCUCCGACUCCCUCGAUCCCUCCUCUCACUCCUCCUCCUCGGACUGCCGCCGCUUCUCUCUCAACCAGCUCCUCCAAUCAACCGACGGCUUUUCCAACCAGAACCUUCUCGGAAGGGGCGCGUACGGCCCGGUGUUUCGGGGCCAGCUAUUCGGGUGCCUAGUAGCCAUUAAGAAGCUCGAGCAGGGGAGCGACCAGGGUCCAGCGGAAUUCAGAACUGAAGUGGAGGUUCUAAGCAAAGUGCGGCACCCGCACAUUGUGCUCUUAAUGGGUCACUGCCCCGAAGAAGCUUGUAUCGUGUACGAAUUCCUCCAGGGGGGGAAUCUUCAGGAGAGGAUAGUUCGAGCCGGAGACAACCCCCCUCCCCCCCUCCCCUGGCACGAUCGCCUCCGAAUCAUAUCGGAAAUCUCGGGCGCGCUGCUCUACAUGCACCGGCAUGACCCGCCCAUCCUCCACCGGGACUUAAAGCCCGACAACAUCCUUUUGGAUGGCAACGCCAUUUCAAAAAUCGCCGACGUGGGCCUCGCAAGGCUCAUCCCCAACGAGGUCUCGGCAGUCACCUGGAAGGUGCGGGGCACCGCGGGGUACAUCGACCCCGAGGAGAUCCAAACCGGGGAGCUCUCAGUCAAAUCCGACAUCUACGCGUUUGGAUUAAUCGCCCUGCAGCUCCUUACCGGACUCAAGAACGUGAAGAUGGUGCACGGGCUGCUGGCAGCAUGUGGCACGGGGGCGCGGGACACAGAGCAAGCCACGGACAUGGUGGUGAAGAGUCUGGAUCGGUCGGCGGGGCGGUGGCCGGAGCGGCUGGCGAGACGGGCGACGCGGGUUCUAGUGCGGUGCAUCGAGAGGAGAAGGGUGAACCGGCCGGACCUGGGGAGCGAGAUCCACCCGCUGCUGUUGGAGAUUGCGGAGGAGGCGAUGGAGGAGCGAAAUCGGAGGACCAAGGAGCUGGACGGCCGAUUCGUGUGCCCUCUGUCACAUGAGAAGAUGAGGGAUCCGGUGGUGGCGGCAGACGGGCACACGUAUGAGCGGGAGUACAUCGAGACAUGGAUCGCAACCAGCGGAGUGUCCCCCGUCACAGGGCAGCCCCUGGCGCACCGCGCCCUCACGCCCAACUUCAUCCUCGCCUCGCUCAUGGACUCCAUGUGAAACCACAUGUGAAAUUACAUGUCAAACCACAUGUGACCCGCCAGUUUAACUACACUGAGAGUGACAUGGGUACGUUGAGUGUCUGCUGUCACCAGACAGCCCCUGGCCCACCGGGCACCCCCAACCCUAUUUCACCCUGACGCCAUAUUGUGCUGUUCCAAGGGGUACUGCACCAGGUAAUUGACUAGACUUGACUGGACCGCCCCCCUGGGCUGGCCAUGCACUCACCCCCCUUCAUCCUUGCGUCACCCAUGGAUGCCAUGUGAUGCCAUGUGAUGGCUGCUCCAAGGGUUACUGCAUGAUGGAAAGGGUCUGGACAGCCCCCUGGCCACUGUACUCACACCCUACUCCGUCCUUGCCAGCUCAUGGACUCCCAUCCCAUGUCAUGUGAUGCCAUGCAGGGAUGCAAGUUUGUGCUGUAGCCUGUACCAGAUACUGCCAUGUUUUGUAGGUGUUAAUGUGUUUUGCCACGUUUCCGGUUUGAGCUGGAUUGUAGCGAGCACAACUGCAGUUUGUCUCAC